UUCCUUGAUUAAACUAGGGUAUUCCUUUAUUUUUCUAGGUACGUUUUCCUAAAAUGAAAACCAGUUUACGGCAAGGCUAAUGGCUUGACUUUGGGAAUCAACUAAAUUACACGUAUCAUAUUUUUUUUUUCUGUUAAUAAUUGACAUCGUAUUGAAGAAACAUGGGGGAGUUGAAAUGUCGUACUUUACCGUGUCUUGGCUGGCUGCUGAUGUUCAAAAUAGACGACGACAGGUUUUUCCUUGACGAAGUAAACCAUCCCUACAAUGUGAAUGGUAGUGUUUACCAAAACCUAGACAUGAGAAGGAACUUUCUACGCAAAAUCCUAACUAAAAUUUAUCUCUCUUCAAGCCUCUUUGGCUUUGCCCUGUACACAACUUUACAAGCAUCGGAAUUCCCAUCUCGAUGGUCUUACACUAACACAGUUUUUGCCUGUUGAUUAUUCCAUUCCAAGAAAUAUGCAAAUCGCUCCCCUUUUGACUAUUUUUAUAUUGGAUACUCGUAAAUUUUCUUCUUCAUUCACCUAUGCAGUUCAAUUUCUUGAUUGUUUAUUAUAUAUUCUUACUUAUCAACCUCCAUUACCUGAUUUUUCAAAGCUUAUCUUCUUCUUUGCUUUCCAACUUUCCUUCACUCAAUUCGUUUUUCUCUUUCAUAUAUUUACCCUCAAACCUCCUUGAAGACCCCCCCCCCCCUUUUUUUUUCCUCUUAUCUUCUCUCCGGUCCUUUGUCUUUCAUUUUUAACAGCUAUCCAUAUUUAUUCCAGUGCCAGUUUUGGAUAUUGAUCAGAUUCUGAAUUAGGAUUAUAUUCUUCAUUGGUCCUUUGACAAUUUUCAAGGUCCAAUUUUUCCCUUGAUAUUCAUUCAGUUUUAGUGCCUCAACCAAAAUAAACCGGUCUUGUUUAAUUUUCGAUGGCUAAUAGACUUUUCCAUGAAACGCUUUCCUUUGGAGGCUCAAGCCAUGGUCAGGGCCAAGAAGUUCUGCCAUUUAAGACAAGUAAAGGGUCCUUGAAGGUUUUGCUGUUACAUGGCAAUUUAGAUAUUUGGAUCAAGGAAGCUAAAAACCUUCCUAACAUGGAUAUGUUCCACAAGAAGUUAGGUGACGUACUUGGGAAGUUCAAUUUGAAAGUUGGUAGCAAAAUUGAAGGCCAUAUGCCUCAUAAGAUAACCAGUGAUCCUUAUGUUACAGUCUCUGUGGCUCGUGCUGUAAUUGGGAGGACUUUUGUUAUUAGUAAUACCGAGAACCCGGUUUGGAUGCAGCAUUUCAACGUUCCUGUUGCACAUUAUGCCGCAGAAGUUCACUUCGUUGUCAAAGACAGUGAUAUUGUGGGCUCACAGAUCAUGGGAGCUGUAGGUAUUCCGGUUGAGCACUUAUGCUCAGGCACAAAAGUUGAGGGAACCUUCCCAAUCCUUGAUGCAAAUGGGAAGCCUUGUAAGCCUGGAGCUGUAUUGACUUUAUCAAUUCAUUACACACCAAUUGAGAAAGUGGCGCUUUACCAUAGGGGAUUAGGUUCAGGUCCUCACUAUCAUGGGGUCCCAGGUACAUACUUUCCUCUUAGGAAAGGUGGCAAAGUUACUUUGUAUCAAGAUGCUCAUGUCCAUGAUGGUUUCCUUCCCAAUUUGAAGGUUGAUGGUAAUGUUCGAUAUAAGCAUGGGAACUGCUGGCAGGACAUCUGUAAUGCUAUAAGUCAGGCCCGUCGUUUGAUAUAUAUUGCAGGCUGGUCUGUCUAUCACAAUGUCAGACUUGUUCGUGAAACUGAUAAGGCAACAAAUGCCACAUUAGGGGAUCUUCUCAAAACUAAAUCCCAGGAAGGUGUGCGGGUGCUGCUUCUUGUAUGGGAUGAUCCUACUUCUAGGAGCAUUUUGGGAUAUACAACGGAAGGAAUCAUGCACACAAAUGAUGAAGAGACUCGCCGUUUUUUCAAGCACUCUUCAGUGCAAGUGUUACUUUGCCCUCGAUCUGCUGCAAAAGGAAGCUGGGUAAAAAAGCAGGAAGCUGGAACAAUCUAUACCCAUCAUCAGAAAACUGUGAUUGUUGAUGCUGAUGCCGGUAACAACAAAAGAAAGAUCACAGCAUUUGUUGGAGGUCUUGAUUUGUGUAAGGGUCGGUAUGAUGCUCCAAACCAUCCACUUUUCAGAACACUACAAACGGUGCACAGAGAUGACUACCGCAACCCUGGCUUCACGGAACCUGAUGCUGGUUGUCCAAGAGAACCAUGGCAUGAUUUGCAUUGUCGUAUCGAUGGUCCAGCUGCUUAUGACAUACUCACCAAUUUUGAGGAACGUUGGUUAAAGGCGUCAAAACCCCAUGGGCUUCAAAAAUUAAGGACUUCACAUGAUGAUGCUUUACUGAAGAUUGAAAGGAUUCCUGAAAUUGUAGGGAUGACAGAAAUUCCUUAUUUGAGUAAAGAUAAUGCAGAAACUUGGCAUGUUCAGGUUUUCCGUUCAAUCGAUUCCAACUCUGUGAAAGGUUUUCCAGAUGACCCAAAAGAUGCUACAAGAAUGAACUUGGUGUGUGGGAAGAAUGUUAUUAUAGACAUGAGCAUACACACUGCUUAUGUGAAUGCAAUCCGUGCUGCUCAACGCUUCAUCUACAUUGAGAAUCAGUACUUUCUUGGAUCAUCAUAUAAUUGGGAUUCUCACAAAGAUUUAGGUGCAAACAAUUUAAUACCAAUUGAAAUUGCUCUGAAAAUUGCUAACAAAAUCAGAUCAAAUGAGAGGUUUUCCGCUUAUAUUCUCAUCCCAAUGUGGCCAGAAGGAAUCACAACAAGCGUUCCUAUCCAAAGGAUUCUCUUUUGGCAGCAUAAAACAAUGCAAAUGAUGUAUGAUAUAAUUUACAAGGCAUUGGUGGAAGUUGGACUUGAGAAUAAAUAUGAGCCUCAAGAUUUUUUAAAUUUCUUCUGCCUUGGCAAUCGAGAGGCUGUACAUGGAGGAGGCUCUUUGGAUGCUAGAGGUUCCACUGUGUCAAAUACUCCUCAGGCACUUGCUCAAAAGAACCGACGCUUUAUGAUUUACAUCCAUUCUAAAGGUAUGAUAGUGGAUGAUGAGUAUGUCAUAAUAGGAUCUGCUAAUAUUAACCAGCGCUCAAUGGAAGGCACUAGAGACACUGAAAUAGCAAUGGGUGCUUAUCAGCCUCACCAUACCAGCUCAAGCAAAUCAUACAAUCCACAUGGGCAGGUUUACGGAUAUCGGAUGUCACUAUGGGCAGAGCAUAUUGGAGGUCUUGAGGAAAGUUUUAAGAAACCUGAGAGUCUAGAAUGUGUAAGACGAGUGAGGUCUUUGAGUGAGCAUAACUGGAAACAAUACAUAGCUGAUGAGGUGACAGAUAUGAAGGGUCACCUUCUGAAAUACCCGGUCGAAGUUGAUCGGAUGGGCAAGGUUAAGGCUCUUCCUGGCUGUGAAACAUUCCCGGAUGUGGGUGGAAAAAUUUUGGGUUCAUUUACAGCCAUUCAAGAAAAUCUCACAAUCUAAAACUACAAAAUAGCUACCAUUCUGUGUCCGCAGAAAUGAUUUUGUUGUGCAUAGUUACCAUGAACCUUUUUUCCUAUUUUGGGGAGAAUAGAAUUUGAUUGUUUCUGUCGGUUAAGGCGUUAGAUAUGGUUCAUUAUAAAUCAUUUGCUGUAAUUUGUUUGUAGCCAAAAUGUUUUUAGGUGAAAAUUUGUUCUUUGUAAGACAAUCAUUUGUGAAUAUGUUCUCAAAGCAGCGGCUAUUAAAGGGGAUUGAGCUUGAUGUUGUAGUAGUCAAAUCACAUGCAUUGGCCUUGAGUUUGAGGCAUACUCUAUUGUAGAUAAAAUAAUUUCAAACAUAAUAC